GAAGCUUCAAAUAUGAUCAUGAAACACAAUGUUAAGAGGAGGACCAGAAAACUACCUUCAAUGGCGAAGAAACAACAACAAAUGGUGCCUCGUACAUGGGGAAUCAUAAUCAGAAGCAGCUUCCACUCCCUUAUUGCCCUCCUUAUCGCCGGUCUCAUUGUCAGUGCCGUUUAUUUGACACAAAACAGUGGACAACCCGUAGACGUACGGACUCCGGAGGCUGAAAAAUCCGGUAACGGCCGGUGCAAUUUGUUUUCCGGCAAGUGGGUGUUUGAUAACACAUCUUAUCCGCUCUAUAAAGAGAAGGAAUGUACUUUCAUGUCAAAUCAAUUGGCGUGUGAGAAGUUUGGUAGGAAGGACUUGAAGUAUCAAAACUGGAGGUGGCAGCCUCACCAUUGCGACCUUCCUAGGUUCAAUGCCACAGCAUUGCUUGAGAGGCUAAGGAACAAGAGGCUUAUGUUUGUGGGGGACUCGUUGAACAGAGGCCAAUGGGUUUCCAUGGUUUGUCUUGUUGACUCAGCCAUUCCUCCCAAGCUCAAGUACAUGCACACCAAUGGUUCAUUGAACAUCUUCAAAGCGAUAGAAUACAAUGCUUCAAUUGAGUUCUACUGGGCACCACUACUGGUUGAAUCAAAUUCGGACGAUCCAUUGAACCAUAGAGUACCUGAUCGGAUUGUCAGAGUCCAAGCAAUUGAAAAGCAUGCCAGGCAUUGGACUGAUGCAGACAUACUUGUAUUUAAUUCUUAUCUCUGGUGGAGAAGGUCUUACUUGAAAGUCCUGUGGGGAUCAUUUGAUAACCCAAAUGGGAUCUACAAAGAAGUAGAGAUGCCUCGAGUCUAUGAGAUGGCUCUAAAGACCUGGGCAGAUUGGUUGGAAGUCCAUGUGAACCGAACCAAGACCCAGUUGUUCUUCGUUAGCAUUUCACCAACUCACCAAAGUGCUGAAGAGUGGGGUGGAGAUACAAAUCAAAACUGUUACAAUGAAACAGAGCCGAUAAUGAAAGACGGCCACCAUGGAAGAGAUACAGGUCCAGAAAUGAUGAACGUCGUCGAUAACAUUCUUGGGGAAUUGAAAGCAAAAGACUUGAACGUACAGAUGAUUAACAUUACACAGUUAACAGAGUACAGGAGAGAAGGGCAUCCAUCAAUAUAUAGAAUGCAAUGGGAUGCUUUGUCUGAAGAGCAACUGUCGAAUCCAAGCAGCUAUUCAGAUUGUAUACAUUGGUGCUUGCCUGGAGUCCCAGAUGUGUGGAAUGAGCUUCUCUAUGCUUACAUUUUUAAUCAGUAUUGAUGAAAUCCACAAAAGGAAGAAACACAAUGUUUAUGAAUUUAAAGGUUUUUUUUUU